AUGGGGGUUUGUAGUUCAACCAAAAAAUCUUCAGGUAAGAAUUCUUAGGAUAAAUUUAAUCCAGCCUUGACCAACACAGCAGAUGUUCAAUAAACUCAAAGGGAGCCUGCUUCCAAUUAAAAUGAAUAAAGAAUUAAUUUGAACCAAACCGUUCAGAGGAAGAUUAGAAAGUCAGGAACGCUAAGCUACUUCGAAUACAAUCAGGAUAAGCUCUAAACUGAGAAACGACCUCGUAUAAAUUAUAAUACGAAUAUUAGAAAAUAAUAAAAAAGUUGGAUCCAGUGCACCUCAAUUGAAAAUCAAGAUCACUGAAUCAAUAGCAUCAAAAGAUUACUCGGUGUUUAAAGGGCAUGUGAAAAUACCCACCAAAUCAACUCUUAGAGUUAUGUAGCACAAUAGCGAUGGGCAACUAGUCGUUAUGGAAUAACUACCAUACGAUUAAGAAGGAAAGGACUACAUAGAGUGGCUCCAAAAGACAAACUUGGUAAUUAUAUAGGUGAAUGUAGGAGUUUUAUCACAUUGGUAAGGUUAAAGAAAUCUUUGUUUGUGGACACCAAUUUUAGUUAAUGCAUGAAUAUUGCACAGGAGGCCCAUUAUCAGAGUUAUUACAUCACAAACUGUCUGAAUAGGUGGUCUGUAACAUUUUGGAUUAACUCUUUGAAAUAGUCAAUUUUCUUCACUAAAAUAAGUUAACACACAAUAAACUGACAAUCGAUAGUUUUUCAUUUUAUUACGAUUUGUAAAAUUACUUAAUUAAGUUGACUGAUUUAAGAAGCUUGCAUAAGCCUCCUAGAGAGAUUUCACUUUAGAUUGCCUAAUAUGCCUCUCCUGAAGCUUUGACUUCCAAUCAUCCUCAUAGGUCAAAUGACAUUUGGUCCUUAGGAAUUAUUGCUUAUCAAUUAAUGACCAGAAAUUUAAUUUAUGAAGAAGAUAAAGAUUUAAGCAAUAUCCAUCAAGUUAAAUAAGCAAUUAUCAACUGGUCAACACAAUAACAGAUAAAUGAUGAAAUAUCUUAAGAUUUUGAAAAUCUCAUUUUGAAGAUGCUAAACCCAGAUAAAACCUUACGACUUACCAUAGAAGAAUGCUAAAACCAAGAAUUUAUCCAAAGUUAUCAAACUCAAAAUUUGAAUUGCCAUUUCAAUCACCUCUUUACUAGUAGUUUCUGUGAUAAUCUACAGAAACAGUUAAUGGUUUAUCUCAUAAAUAACUAUGAGCACUCUCACUAACAGGUGGGACGUAGAAUCUUCGAUGUUUUGGACAAGGAUAAAGAUGGGAAAUUAAAUAUUUAAGAAUUAGAAGACUUUAAAAAAAAACUCAAGUAAGCACAAGGAUAAGAGAGGAAUACUUAAAUUAUACAGGAUUUAAUAGAUAAUUCAAGUGAAUUAGGAUUAGAAGAUUUCAUCCUGAUGAUAUCCAAUAAAUCUAUAUACAUAACAAACCACAAUCUUGAUCAUAGUUUUGCCAAAUUUGCUAACAAAAAUUAGGAGGUCACUGUAAAAUCUUUAUCCAAAAUUCUCAAUAUAUAAGAGAAAGAAUUGACUGAAGAAUUCAAGAAUCGCUAAUUGUUUUAUGAGGUAUCUUAUGUUAUUCUAUAUAGAAUUAUUGUAUUCCCUUAGAAAAAGCAUAGUAUGAAUAGAUAUUAAAUUAAAUUUUAGAAGUUUAAUCGGAACAAUGA